UCGGCGGAGAAACUUGUUCUAAUAGUUUCUCUCAAUGGAUUGACACAAUAGGUUACCACGUUAUUUUAAUAUUUAUUUAAAGUAUUCUAUAUAUGAUUAUGAAGGAAAAUAUAGUAAAUCUAAAAAAAAAAUGGAACAUAUUUAUACGUUUCGCAUAGAGGUGACAAUAUUUUAAUAAAAAUAACUUGAGAAGGUAUAUUGUGUCUAGUGUACCAAUGGCAGAACCGGAAGCGGAAGCAGAGAGCGAAGUAGAACCAGAGUCAGAAAGUGAGGCAGAACCGGAAGCAACGGGCAGUGCAUCCACUGAGCCAGAACCAUACUGGCCUUUAGCAUUUCAACAAUGGGGAUCGGCAUGGCAUUUACACACAUAUUCAGUUGCGUGCAUUUUUAUGUUUAUAGCCAUUCUUGCAGCAAUGAGUAUGGUUGUCUAUUUAAAGAACAAACAGGUGCUCAAACAAGUAACCUUGACAUUUACUUUGCAGUGCUUGUUGCUGUAUUUCACUUUACUUCGAUCAUUGGUAAUGUUUAUCAACCCUUACCAAACAGCGGACAAAAUUAACGACAUAGUGUUCCGCAUGAUGUGGUCAUUUUCUUUACCAGGACUCACAGCAGCUUUCAGUGUGUUAUUGUUAGUUUUCUUGGACACAACUAAAAUGACAUUAGGACCUCCAGUAUUUCAAAAAUUGUCAGUGCUGUUGAUAUUCACCGCUUGCCAUUUUGUCAUCGUCGUAUCUGCUGACAUCAUUUGUGCUCUCGUCAAGAGUUCAUGUGCACCCAUGCUGAUGUUCUGUCAAGCUCUGUUUAUACUCUACGGGACCUUGUUGGCAGCCGGCUACGCCUAUACGGCGAUUAGUCUUCACAGAAAGUGUGUCACCGGCGUCAUAAGCGCUGAAGAAAACAGAAAAAUCAUUCGUCUCAUAAAAAUCUCAGGAUUUGCAUCAUGCAUCGCUUUAUCUAUUGCCGUGACACACCUUUAUGCCGCUUGCAGCGAAUUCGGAAUUUAUAGUGACGUCAUCUACGUAAACGCUUGGGAUUGGUGGAUCCUACAGUCAGUUCUUAGAUUUGAAGAAAUUACGUCAUCUUGCCUUAUCCUUGUGAUAGCUUUCCGAAAUCCAUUUGCUGAAAACGGCAGAAUAAGAAACUGGAUAUUAAAAUCAAUUAACAGAAAGACAAACCCCUUGCCGCAAACAGAUGUUACCCAAAUAGAUAAGACUCAAGUAACAUAAUGGUUAAUGAGCAGUGUGCAUGCAUAAUGUUAAAUGGUAUGUUGAGGACAGAUCGUUAUUUCUACAAUUAGAAAUUGAUGGCUAUCAAUAUGCAUAAUUGCUAUCAGUCAAUUUAGAGGACAGUCAAUAUAUGCACUGGGCUGAGGACAAUAAGUGUGCACAAUAUUACCAUAUUAAAAGCACCAUGCUGUUAACUAACACAUAUCUAAACAAAGAGAAUAAAAAAAUUAAGCAUUUACAUAUGCACAUACAAAUGAAUUAUUCAAGAAAUGGUUUACACAAAAUAGUGAUUUGUCGUAGAAUAAAAUCAUUGUUAGGAGUUCAGAUGCGAUUGAAUUAUAUCACGAGGGCACAGUCUGAGUGAUUUAAUAUAUGCAUCUGGACGACAAGCAGUAGUUUUUAUUCAAGAGAAAAUCACUGUUUGAGAUAUACUAUUUCGAUCCCAAAUAUUGUCUACAUCUAAAUAUUUUCUUAUUUUGUGUCGUUUUCUUUUGCAGCACCGUCAUGACGUUUGACGCUAUGACGUCAUAAUCGUGACGUACAAUAAUGAUUUUACUGCAUAAUAACACGUAGUUUCAGUCUCUUAUUUUUGUUUAACAGGGAAAUAAAUCAAGACUGUGUUAGUAGAAUGAAUUAUAACAUAUAGCAUUAUAAGUCCCUGGGGUGGGAUUGGAAUGUGACCGCACAUAUUAUACAACUGUCUAUGUUGGUUAUAUGAUGCUUUUACUGAUAUUAAACUUUUAUUGUUUAUUGUUUUUCCUAGAAUCUUUCAUUAUUUUUUUCAAUUUCGAGUGAACAGUAGCACUUUUGAAAUAUGCAGCUACUGCAACAUUUGACAAGUAAAUUGCAAAGAGGUUUAAAGGCGACCACUAACUGUUGGUAUUAGAAAAUGCACGAAACUUUCCUCAUGCUGAAGUGACCUCAGCAAAUAGUGUUACCUCUGGAUUCCCUAUGUAUGCAACAUCUUUCAUCAUUUAAAGAGUGGAAAUGUAAUCAGAUCUAGAACCUGGUGAUGAUAUCUAUUGCUAGACAUAAAAUACACUGCCUCUUGUUUCAGUGUUUGUUGUGUCAUAUUCUAACUAUAUCCAGGUUGUCCCGUACUAUAUGAUAUUAAUUUUUAUGUCUGUAUUGCCUUUACACAUUUUGAAAUGUAACAUAUGUUGAGGCAGAUAUUUAUGCGUACUUUAUCAUUCUUCUAAUAUAUAAUAUGAAUAUAUUUAACAUUCAAUAUUUUCAAAACGUAUGUUCAAGGUGAUAUUCUCUUUCUCUAAUAUGGACCAUCUUUCUCCAUUCACAGAUGUGAAGGUUUUUGUUGUAAAUCUUUUCAUACCUUCUUGUUUCGUAGCAUAUUGUUUUAUGAUCAAAUGCUGUCGCAGAUGUGUGUUUUUGGAGUUUGUCUUUCAAAUGUCUCCAUAAAGGGAAGUCUUUGAGAGUUGGAUCUAAAUUUAUGGAUAAUGACGCCAUAUUUAGUAAAAUCUCACUUUUCGUAACACACUGAAUAUUAUCAAUAUUGAAAGGGUAAUAUACAUGAUAUAUAUAUAUGAACUGUAAGUUUAAAAUUUGCACAAUUAUUAUGAUUGGCUUUUGCCAUGUAUAAAACAUCUACAAGACAAAAUGGACGUACGAAACGGUACCACAUAUAUCAUUGGAUACCCUGUAUGUAUUUUCAUGAACAGCAGCGACAGUAACUCCAGCAGUAGUACAGGCAUUAAAAGCCUUUUGUUCGAGUAUAAGCAUUUGUAAGCACUGCUAACUUAGCAAUCAUAUGAAAAUGUGCUGUUUAAGACGCUUGAAUAUUUAUUCUUAUUCAGUGAAAAUGACCAAUAGCAAAGGAGCAACUAGACAACUGUUGAUCCUGAAUUAACUUCAAUGGCUAGUAUUCUCGUUGAGCUAACAUGGGGGCACUUAGAGCGACUUGCCCAAACAAUGUAUAAGUUUGAUACAAGUACAUGCCAAUGUGUCCGUUGGCGAUAUGAUAGACGACACGAAAUGAUUUGCUUGGACGUUGGUUGUUACUAAUUUUCCUCGAGCUUUUAUCUAUAAAAUACUGUUAAAGCAAUGAAAGCACUAGAAAUGUAUUAUCGUCACAUUUUAUCAGUUCUUAAACUGUUUUAUAUCGACAUUUACGAAGCAAACUAAAAUAUUGAUGUCAAAAGGUUCUUUUUAGACCAAAAAGCUUUAAAAAAUCCACUAUCAAUUUUUGAUACAUAGCUGAACAUUUUUUUAUUGAAAAGAUUACGUCAUUGACAGCAGAAAACGUUUAUUAUUCUUUUCAAUUAUUGCAGCUGCAUGUUAUAUACUUACAAACAAAACAUUGGUUGUACUUAAGAAUGGAUCCCAUAUAACAUAUUGCAUUAUUAAUGUUAUAUUGAUUACAAACACAUAAUGACUUUUAUUCAUUAGCAUUGUUUACUUAAUAAAACUUCUAUUGUUUGUUUCCUUA